AUGCCAACACAACCACACCAUGCCAACACAACCACACCAUGCCAGCACAACCACACCAUGUCCAUGCCAACACAACCACACCAUGCCAGCACAACCACACCAUGUCCAUGCCAACACAACCACACCACCCCAACACAACCACACCAUGUCCAUGCCAACACAACCACACCAUGCCAACACAACCACACCAUGCCAACACAACCACACCAUGCCAGCACAACCACACCAUGUCCAUGCCAACACAACCACACCAUGCCAGCACAACCACACCAUGUCCAUGCCAACACAACCACAUCACAUCACACCAUGCCAACACAACCACACCACACCAACACAACCACAUCACACCAGCACAACCACACCAUGUCCAUGCCAACACAACCACAUCACACCAUGCCAACACAACCACCCCAACACAACCACAUCACACCAUGCCAACACAACCACAUCACACCAUGCCAACACAACCACCCCAACACAACCACAUUACAACAUGCCAACACAACCACACCAUGCCAGCACAACCACACCACACCAUACCAUACCAACAGAACCACACCAUGCCAGCACAACCACACCACACCAUGCCAACACAACCACAGACACCAUGCCAACACAACCACACCAUGCCAACAGAACCACACCACACCAACAGAACCACACCAUGCCAGCACAACCACAGACACCAUGCCAACACAACCACACCAUGCCAACACAACCACACCACACCAACAGAACCACACCAUGCCAGCACAACCACAGACACCAUGCCAACACAACCACACCAUGCCAACACAACCACACCACACCAACAGAACCACACCAUGCCAACACAACCACAGACACCAUGCCAACACAACCACACCAUGCCAACACAACCACACCACACCAUACCAUACCAACAGAACCACACCAUGCCGACACAACCACAGCACACCAUGCCAACACAACCACAGACACCAUGCCAACACAACCACACCACACCAUACCAUACCAACAGAACCACACCAUGCCGACACAACCACAGACACCAUGCCAACACAACCACACCAUGCCAACACAACCACACCACACCAACAGAACCACACCAUGCCAGCACAACCACACCAUGCCAGCACACCACACCAUGCCAACAGACCCAGGAGGGAGAGGAGUGGAGGGUAG